GGGCCUCUACUAAGUAGAUUUUGCACUCAAUAGAAGAAACAUCCGGGUCUCGCAGGUUCCUAUUUGGCGACCCGUCGCCAUUAGUACAAGCUCGUUGUAGCGGAUAUAUUUUUUGGUCAAAAUCUCUUAAUUUUCUCGUUUUCCAUCCUUUGGAAAACAUUUAACGCCUUGUUAAGGGCAUUUUGUUUCCUUAACGUGUAAAAGACUUAAAUUCGGGGGGUCUUGGCCCCGCGUGGCGAGCUUUCGUCCUCUCUACAACCUAGUUAACUUGAGACGCCGAAAUCGUGUCUCUAUUUUUUCUUCGGGUUGUUUAUUGUGAAGAUGUCGCCGUGAUGGGGUCUCCGCGUUUGACAGAAAUGAAUCAGGGCCUUCGUCGCCUGACCCGCACUCACUGCAGCCCGCUUUCCCCUUUCGUUUUUCUGUUUGAUGCUAGGGAGCUCAGCAGCUCUCUACCCGGAGCUCGGCCCCAGCGCUCACUGCACGGAGAAAAACAUGGAGAAAAACCCCAACAGCAGCACCAACACCAAGGUUCCGCCCCGUUCCAGCUCCACAGGCCCACCGCCGGGCGAUUCUAAACCCAAAACAGAAAGUAAAAAUAAUGGAGGCUCCAGGCGGUACAGCCGCAAGCGUGAGCCCACCUUUCCUAAAACCGACAGUUUCCAAGGCCCUCGCCACACCAAUUCACAGAAAAGCAAGAAUUUUGACAAGAGACCCCCUCAGAGAGGUGGAGGACGACAGUAUGGAGUUGCAGGUGGAGGACGACGUGAGGAGGUAGCAGAGACACGCCGGGCCGAGUUUAGCCCGGCUCAAUUUGCUGGACCGAAAAAGAUAAGUCUCAACCACCUGCUAAACUUCACCUUUGAACCCCGUGGAGGUAACAGUGGCAUCGGAGAUGGAGGCCACUCCGGAUGGGGCCGCCGAAACAAAUGGGGCCACAAGCACAAGCCCUUUAACAAGGAGCUUUUUCUGCAGGCCAAUUGCCAGUUUGUGGUGACUGAUGACCAGGACUACAAGGCUCACUUCACUGAUCCAGACACUCUGGUCAACUGGGACUGUGUACAGCAAGUGCGCAUCUAUAGUCAUGAGGUGCCGUCUUGCCCGAUCUGCCUCUACCCUCCGUUGGCAGCCCGCAUCACUCGGUGUGGGCACAUCUUCUGCUGGCCGUGCAUGCUGCACUACCUGUCACUUAGUGACAAGACCUGGUCCAAGUGUCCCAUCUGCUAUGAGGCAGUUCAAACUGCAGACCUGAAGAGUGUGGUUGCUAUGGAGACCAGGCAGUAUGUGGUUGGUGACACAAUCACCAUGCGCCUGAUGCGGAGGGAGAAGGGGGCUCUGGUGGCCAUGCCUAGCUCUCAGUGGGUGAAGGUGGAGGAGCCUGUUCGCUUUGGAGAUGCAAGUCUUAGCCAAUACUCCAAGCUGCUGCUGACCUCCCCGACGCAGGUUCUGAGCCUGGUGGCAGAAGAGAAGGCUGUGCUGCAGUCUCAGCUGCACCAGGAAGAGGAUGCCCACGGGUGCUUUACCCAGAGCGCCCUCUGUCUUUUGCAGGAGCGAGAGGAAACUCUGCUGAAGCAGCAAAAGGCAAGUGUAGUGGACAACCUCGACCUGUCCUCUCUGACUCUGGAAGAACCUUCUUCUCCUGUGGAGGAAGUGGUUACUAACAGCAGCACCAGCACCAAGCCUGUGCUGCAGUACUCCUCUGCAUUUGAUGACGAAGUGGCAGAGAUAGCAGAGGUCCCAGAGGAGGACGCCGCUGCAGAGUUGCCAGGCUUCCCUGAAAGCCUUUUGGAGAGUGUGCUGGAGGAGCCUCCAGAGGCUAUCGUGGAUUCAGCCCCAGAGCCCCAGCCUGAUGAGGGAAGUCCUGCCACCCAGGCAGAGUCAGCCCGCCCUUCAACCAGUGUGGUGCACGGACCCUACUACUAUUUCUACCAAGCUGAUGACUGCCAGCAGAUGUUCCUGCAUCCUGUGAAUGUACGCUGUCUGUUGCGUGAAUACGGCAGCUUGGAGGCCAGUCCUGACUCCAUCACUGCUACAGUGGUGGAAAUUGUGGGACACACAGUCACUGAGGAUAUCCGUCGUCGGCAUCGAUAUCUGGCUCAUCUGCCACUCACAUGUGAGUUCAGCAUCUGUGAGUUAUCUCUACAGCCGCCAAUCCUGUCCAAAGAAACUCUGGACACAUUUGCAGAUGACUUGGAAAAGAGAAAGCGUCUGAGGCAGAAGAAAGUGAGGGAUGAGAAGCGAAGAGAGAAGCGAAUUGAAAUCGAGGAGAAUAAGAAGCAGGGUAAAUAUCCUGAGGUGCAUAUUGGACUGGAAAACCUUCAUCAUUUCCCAGCAUUCGGGUCUCCUCCUCACUACAGCAGCCCCCCAGUGCAGCCUGACUUCAUGUUUGCUCCCCCUUCACCCCUCAGCAGCAGUCCUUCCUCUGAUGGGAUUAGGUUCCCAAGUCUGAAUGGACAAAGCACUUCACCCAUUGUGGGUAGUGUGGAGGAUGACUCCCACUGUAUGUCCUUUGCACAGAUGCUAAGAGAUGGGAAAGCCAGAGCUGAUGCUGGGCCCAGGAUCACUCCAAAGAAAGAUACACUGCUCGCGCCCCCAGCAGCAGACAGCGAUGGAGAGAGUGACGGGUCGGACCGAGUCCCUGUUCCCAGCUUCCAGAACUCCUUCAGCCAGGCCUUUGAGAAGGCACUUCUGCAGCUGGACAGUGGUCAAGCUUCUCCUCCACAACCUGUGGUUGUACCAGAUGAAAAAGGAGGCAAGAAGAAAAAGAAAAAGCAGAAACUUCUGUUCAGCACAUCCAUGGUUCACACAAAGUAGACAACACUGAAGUUCAUUUAAUCCAAUUUCAUGUUUCUUGAGUUGAUCUUCCCACUGCUUGUGUUUUUACUUCCAUGCAGAUUUUUCUUGGAACGAUAAGCUAUGGAGAAAAGGUUUUAGUGUGUAGCCAAAGUUCAUGCUGCUUUUAGUCAUAGUUCUAUGGGCUUGAGCCAUUGUUUGGGUGGCAUGUCUUCAGUUUAAUUUCCAUAAUUUUUGCGUUGUGCAACUAGGUCAAAGCUUUGCAGCAACCUCCUGUUGCACUUAACGCCUUAUGUGUAACAUUUGCUGAGAUGCUCAGUAAAACAAGAUAUAACAAGCUGAUGGAUCUCAUGUAUGCUUUUGGCUAUUAGGGUGUCCAGAUACAAGACUUUCAUCACAUGUGGUUGCUAUAUGAUGUCCAACUUUCCUGAAGUUGACUCUGAGCGUCUAGGAUCCAUGAGUAGUAUUGAUAAGAUAAUACUGGUGCUUUAUAUAAGAGUAGCAGUCAGCCAGCUGCACGUACGUUGCACCUUUUUACAUCUUUUUCAAGAUGCUCAGUGCUCAGACAUCAAUGUGGAACCUCCACUUAGAAUGGAUAAAAACAUACAUUUCAGUGUUCAUCACAGGUAAUAAUUUGGGUUAGUACUUCAUUACACUUCAACAGAAUAGAUUUCGGGAUUGACAUCAAUGGCCUUUUGUAACAAUAACAUGAAUAUGUGAUGUUCUAAUACCAUUGUGAGGAAGUGAAAACACAGUAUUGUAUUAAAGAGAUUAGGUCUGUUGGUUCAACAGAACUCCAGUAUAUCCUGUGUGGUUAAACCAUAAAUACGCACUUUCUUUCAUUUAGUUUCUCCUCUGUGUCAUAUUCCGUUUUUAGAAGGUUAACUAACUUUUAACAUUACUCCCCCAGUUUAAUUUCAGUGUUGAAAAUGUGUGAAGUUGGAGAAUUGCUGAUGUUUUAAAGAAUGCUUUGGAAACCUGAAGAAAAGUGGAUUGAAAAUUUGUUUUGUUUGAGGGUUCUUUAAUUCACCUUUAUUUUUGAGCAAGUUUAAAGACUAGUGAACAUGACUAGUCUGUUGAACUAAAUAAACAAUUAUGCACAAUCAAGAAA